AUGGCCAGUGCCGCGAGUGCCGCGAGUGCCAGUGCGAAAAGCAGGAGAACUUCUACGGCUUCGAGAUCCGAGGAAAGUGUCGCGACCGUACUGGGCACGCCAGUGAAAUUUUCAGAGAGCGACGAGGAAGAUCCGCGAAAAAUAGUGGACGUUUGUACACAAAACUUGACGGUGAUUCGGGACUUUCUGAUUUCAUGCAAAGAAACCGUUGGCAAGAAACAAAACUGCCUUAUGGCAGUUGACCUACUACAACGAGCCUACAGUUUGAAAUCCGCGCUAGCUGAAAAUCGAGGAAGUGAUCCGGGUACCCCCGCGCCAACGCCGGCACCAUCGUUCAGCGAAGUGGUCUCAAGGAACGCGAAAUCGACCGCCAAAAUAGUGCGUCCGACGGCAACGCAGAAAAAGCAUAAAAUAAUUGUAAAACCCACCGCCGAGUGUACCGGUAUAAAAUGUGCAGAGGACACUAAAAAAUUACUUAUGUCUAAAAAACCACAGGACUUUAAUGUUCGCGUCGAUCGUAUAAUAAACAUGCGUGAAAAUUCCAUCCUGGUGGAAUCCACAUGCCCCUCUAUCCUAAAACUCGCUGACUCCGCGCUACUUAAAUCCUUAAAGCUCAAGGCCAGUCCCGUCAACAAAAAUUGGCCUCGUAUGCAAAUCCUUGAUGUUCCGGAAUCCAAGACCGCGGAAGAACUCGCGAGUGACCUGGACAGACAACCGCUUUCUGAAUCAGUGCCCGAUGAUUUUAUCGGGAAGAUGUUCAAAUAUGGCCGGAAACAGGGGAACGCAACAACUUCCUGGAUCGUAGAAUUACACCCAGCGGCGAGGAGUUACUUCGCGAAAGUAGGGAGAGUUUUCACGGCCUGGAGAUCGCAUGGCAUUCGCGAUUUCCUCCUUGUAUCCCGCUGCUUCCAAUGCCAACGGUUCGGGCACAUAGCAAAAUAUUGCAAAUCCACCAAACAAUGUGGAUACUGUGCCUCAACGGAACAUGAGAGCCGGGAUUGUGAUGUUCGCGAUAAUCCCGCUAAGCAUAAGUGCGCGAAUUGUGUUCGUAGUGGCGCGAAAGAAGUGAAUCAUCACACUGCCCAGGACUGCUGCCCGAUUUAUAAACAUAGGCUGCAGGACUUGAUAGACUCAACCACAUAUGAAUAUGACGAAUAA